AUGUUUGAGCUUCCCGACGCGAAGAGAGUCCGGCGAGAAGACCUCGAGGGGUCGUCCGACGACGAAGGAGCGGGCCACAACAAGCAGCAAGAUGCGGACCUCUUAGCGAAGCUGCAUGCCCGUAUGGCGGGCAUGCUCGACCUAGGCGACGCCGACCAGCAGGCCCCGACAGAAACGACCGAGCAACCGACGACGACGGACGGAGAAACGGCAAAGGACGACGAGCCCGAAGAGUUCGAGUUCCGGCUCUUCACCACAUCAAACCCGGCGACAAAGAUUGCGCUAGUCGACGAGGACGAGCGCGCAAUGGCGGGUGACGGAGCCAUGAUCCGUAAGAGGCCGCUGUCGUACUACAUCGCCGGGCAGCCGACCUCCGAGGUGAAGGCGGAGCUCGCUUUCUCGGCGGUGUCGGGCGAGGAAGUUCUCGAGCGGGCGCAGCGGCGGUGGUGGGGGAUGGAGCAGCCUUGGCGGGUGACGACGAUUCCUGGCACCACGGUGUCGUCGUCAGAGAAAACGGCAGCAGAAUCAAGAGCAGGAGCAAACGCUGGAGGAACAAAGGAGGAGGCGGACGCUGCGGCGGCGAGGAGGAGGCGGCCUGGGAAGAAGAAGCGUCUUGCGAUACGGGUUAAGCGGCGGGAGAGGGAGAAGAAGAUUGAGGAGGAGGAGAAAUUCAAAGCGGGUAAGGAGGAGGCGCUGAAGGAGAAGAAGAAAAGAUUGAAUAGGCUGAAGAAGCUAAGGAAGAGGGCCAAGGCGAAGGAGGGGAAGAAUGGGGGUGGGGAGGGUGACGGUGACGGUGGUGAGUCGGGAUCUGAUGGUGAUGAGUGA